CUCAGUGAAAUUUCCUGUGUAUGCAACUCUCUUGCUCCUUCUGUCUCAGGGUUGCUCAGAGUAUGCGUGUAAGACACAGGAGAGAAAAAUCCUGGAGAAGGGCUAGCUCCAAUUUCAGUGAGUGAGGAUGGAUGUUUACCACAGUCAUUCAAUGGACAGUGUAUGGAAGGGCUGGGUGCUGCCAAUCGCUCUCUACUUGGCUUUCUACCAAGAACAGACAACAGCUUUCAUGAUCACCACUCCUUACUCACUCUACGUCUGCCCAGAAGGACAGAAUGUUACCUUGACAUGCAAGCUCUCUGGGCCACUCUUUGCUCGACAUGACUUGCUUUACAAAAUUUGGUACUUCAGCAGCAAGGGAGAUCAAAGCUGCUCUGAGAAGCAACAUAUCCGCAAUGUAACCGAAAGGGACCUGCAUCAUGAGCCAGGGAAGCAUCAUAGCAAUGUCACAGAAAGGUACUUCCAUGGAAAACAAGCAAACCACCAUGGGCUGGAGACCACCUCGGACCACCAGGGGACAUUUCAUAUCAUCAUGAUGAAUCUGACUCUGCAGGACAGUGGCAAUUACUGCUGUUACGUGGUAGAGACUAAAAAGGAACAUGGCAAACAGUAUACCAAGCAAGUGGCCCAUGGCUUCAUGGAACUCCGCAUACAGAAAGCCAGAGAAGCAUUUCCAAACUGCACAGUUCAUCCUGGUGCCAGCAAACAGAAAGAAAACAUCACAGCAGCUGCGCUGGCAACAGGGGCAUGCAUUGUGGGCAUUCUCUGCUUGCCCCUCAUCCUGAUCCUCAUUUACAAGCAGAGACAAGCAGUCAACAGCAGGCGUGCUCAUGAACUUGUCAGAAUGGAGAGUAAUGCUCAAGGCAUUGAAAACCCUGUCUUUGAGGCUGUUUCAUCCACAAAUACAGAGUCCAGGCCCAAGCCGCAGAUGAUGUACAUUGCCAGCCGCCAGCAGUCAGAAUCAGGGCGGCACCUUCUCUCAGAACCAAACACUCCGCUGUCUCCUCCAGGCACAGGAGAUUGUUUCUUCCCAACACUGGGGAGUUCUCACCAGCCAGUGAGUCUCUGCAGUGCUCGAGUUCCAGGUGUGGACUAGCAAUGUUAAACUGGUGGACACACUUGUCAGUCCAUUAUCCCUGCCCCCAGAGUAUCCCCAUAUUAAUCUCCCAGAGCCGGCCUGACAUUUCACAUCCUGUUACUACUAACAUAGUAGAUGCUGUUACACAUAGGGAAAGCUAACUCAACUCAAUACCUGCUAGAGAAAAAAAAUCCUGCCAGUUUCCCUAAGAAAUGUUGCCUCUAGGAGAUUUAAAAUUGUGAGCCAUGGAACAUUAGGGACUGACCCAAAGCCCAGUGAAGUAAAUGGAAGUCUUUCCAUUAACUCCAACAAUGUGCUUUGGAUCAGGCCCUUAGUUCCCUUUUCCUGCCACCUUUGCACCUGUGACAUUUGGCUGAAUCAUUCUGCUAAAGAUGCCUGAAAACGGCAAGGUAUGCCCGCAGCAGCUUGGAUCUUCUAGAGACUUGUCUAUAAUGGGGGAAGAAUUUUCUGUUAAACACAUAAAACCACAGCUA